CCUUUUAAUAAUUAUAUGAAAAUGUUAACUAUAGAGAUGUCUCCACUUUACAUUACCAUAUAAUAUUAAUUUUAAUAACCAAAGAUCAAAAGAAAAUAGCAGUGUCGACAGCUGUAAUGUUCCUCCUUAUAGUUUAUUACUCAUCAUCAUUAGUACUACAAAUAAUUAAGUUUUAUCUUUGCAUCAUGCAUUUGAGUUACUUCAUAGACAUUCUAACAAAUAACUUAUAUGAAUUAGCUGAUGACUAGCAUAGACUAUAGAGUAACUGAUGUAGUUUUAUUAUAAAAUGAGGAUUUACUAUUUAGAAUUGAUUGGAGAUGAGAGAUUGUGUAAACCCAACCUAUAUAGGUAUUGUGGAGGAAUUAAGAAAGAAGACGGCUUUAGUGAAGUCAAAUUGCAUAUUUAUGUGGGAAGGUGGUAAACUAAGUUGUUCUAAUCAUCUAUCGACCAACAAUGAAGCAUAAGCAAAAUAUAGAGAAUGAUGUAAUUUUAACGUAUUUACAAAAUGUAGGAGAAAAAUAAAAUUGGAAAAGAAAAGGAAAUUUUGCAAACAAUGCUGACUUGAGCAAAGUAAAAAAUGUGAAAAAAGCAACUUAAUCACACUUCUAUUUUUUCGAAAGACAAAAGAUAAUUGUUGUGAAACUUGUGUGUAACACUUUAGGUGCAUAACCCUGAAAUUAAAAAAUGCAUAACCACUCCCACCUUAAUUAUAUCCUAUUAUUUUGAACUCGAAUUUCGUAUUUAUUUAUUUAUUGUUGCAUAAAAAGAUCAAAUAAAUAUACUAUACAAAAUGAUAUUUACUAUUAUAUAUUUUGAAAAAAGAACGUUGUUAUAUUUUAGUAAUUUUUAUGGUGUAGGAAUUAUCAUAUUUUGUUGCAAACAUGGGAAAUAUCGAGAGGUAUUCAGGUUACUUAGGCCGAUCAUGGUGUACAACGGGGUGGAUUAUGAAAGAGAAGUUAAAGGGGGACAGCGGAUGUUGGGUGAUAAUUAUAUUACCGUUCACACUUGGGAUAAGAAUUUCAAGCCUUACAUCUACGAAAUAUCUUCCACGCUCGUCUUGACUCGCUUGUGAGAUGUUAUGAUUCAUUAAUUCCACUCAUUUGUUGUCAUGGAGAGCGGUUAACGCAUAGGCAAGCCCUUGUGAUUGGGCCAAGCUACACUUAUAGAUGCAAGGAGCGACUACGCUCGAGUUUGUGCCUAGGUGGAUCUAACCAAGCUGCUACUUUGUCAGCUCCGUAUUGAUGGCAUAACAUACUUCAUUCUAUAUGAGGCCCUUGGCAAAAUAUGCCUUCAUUGCAAGACCUACACCGAAUUUUCUAAGUGCCUUUGCACUAAAACGACAUUAUCACUCGUUGACACCCUUCUUUAGUGGUCUGAUUUCAUAUGAGGAGUGGAGUAUGGAUGGCAAAAAAUAUCCGUAACCGUGGAUAUACGCCCGAAUCCGACCUAAUUGGUUAGGGUAAAACUCGAACCCGAAGAACUUUUAGUGGGUACGGGUAAAACCCAAACCCGAAUAUCGCGGGUAAUGGGUGGGCAUGGUUUUCUCACUAUCCAACCCGAACUCGCCCGAUUAUACACAUGCAUAUGUAUUUUGUCCGGAAAUAAUCAAUAUUUUUCUCUAACAUAUUUUAUAUUUAGCAUAUAAAUAUAAAUAUUUUUAUGAAAUUGUGUUGUUUUAAUUAAUUUUUUUUCAUUCUAGUGAAUUAUUCUCGUACUUUUCGUCUUACGUAACGUGAGAAUACAUAUAAAUAUUAACAUAUUGGUUGAAGUUAUAAAGAAAAACUAUUAUCCAUGGAUAACCGUGAAUACCCGAAACCCGAACGAGUAUGAACAUGGUUUGAAUUUUCUACCCGUUUCUCUUAUGUAGGUAUGAGUAUGGGUAAAAUCCGAACUACUUUGAACAACGUAACGGAUAUGCACUAUCUAUCCCCGACCCGACCCAUUGCCCCUAGAGUGGGGAGAUAUAUAUUUUUUUUGGACAAUCAAAAUACCAAACUAGUACAAACUACAAAGUAGAAACUAAGAAGGAAAAUUUCACUCUGGUUUGAUCCGGUGUGGUGGGCGACCCGAACAAGAACAACCUCUGCCCGGUCCAAGUGGGACCCACCUUUUGCAAUACUCCAUCUGUAUUUCGUCUACUCUCCAGUCUCCCCGCAAUUCUCUCUCUCUCUCCCGGUCCCCGACUGUCGCUGCGCUGUGUAUAUCUCUGCUCACCCACCCCAUCUCCAAUGCGCUAGGGUUAUAUCUCUCACAUAUAUCUACUAUUACAUCCAGAGCAGAGAGAUAUAGCCCAGAGCGAAAAGCGCAGAAAUUUUGAACUCCCCUAACUCUGCGCCGAGCCGACGGGGACCGGGGCCGGCAGAGCGAUCGUAUCGGUCCGAUUUGGAAGUUGCGCGGGGCUGAAUCCAUUCCUCCUGUCGUUUGAUUGGUAUUCAUUUUCUUCCCCCCCCAUGAGUUCCAGCGGUCCGGAUUUGGUGCGGCUCGUGGAGUCGCUACUCGGAGUCUCCCUCGGCGGUGCCUCGUCGGACGUUGUGGUUCUGGUCCUCACCACCUCUCUCGCCAUUGUUGUGGGGUUGGUAGUCUUCUUGUGGAAGAGAUCGUCCGAUCGGAGUAGUAAAGAGGUGAAGCCGGUGGUGAUAACCAAGCCGUAUUCGUUGAAGGAGGAAGAGGACGAAUCCGAUGCCUUGGCUGGAAAAACUAAGCUCACCAUCUUUUACGGGACUCAGACUGGGACGGCUGAAGGUUUCGCUAAGGCUUUAGCUGAGGAGAUCAAGGCAAGAUAUGAAAAGGCGGCUGUCAAAGUUGUUGACUUGGAUGAUUAUGCUAUGGAGGAUGAUCAGUAUGAAGAAAAGUUGAAAAAGGAAACUUUGGCGUUUUUUAUGGUGGCUACUUAUGGUGAUGGGGAACCAACGGAUAAUGCUGCAAGGUUUUAUAAGUGGUUCACAGAGGAAAAUGAAAGAGGUGUUUGGCUUCCAGAACUCAAUUUUGGUGUCUUUGGCUUGGGUAAUCGUCAGUAUGAACAUUUUAAUAAGAUUGCAGUUGUCCUUGAUGAAGAACUUUGUAAACAAGGUGGCAAGCGUCUCGUUCCAGUUGGUCUAGGUGAUGAUGAUCAAUCCAUUGAGGAUGAUUUUACUGCAUGGAAAGAAUUAUUAUGGUCAGAGUUGGAUCAAUUGCUCAGAGAUGAAGAUGAUGUGAAUACUGCAUCUACACCAUAUACGGCAACAAUACACGAAUAUCGUUUAGUUAUUCAUGAUCCUUCUGUAACAUCUUAUGAGGACAACUUUGGAAACUUGGCAAAUGGCAAUACUUCUUUUGACAUUCACCAUCCGUGCAGAGUCAAUGUUGCUGUCCAAAGAGAGCUCCACACACCGGAGUCCGACAGGUCUUGCAUGCAUCUGGAGUUUGACAUUUCGGGCACUCCUAUUGCAUAUGAAACUGGAGAUCAUGUGGGUGUUUAUGCUGAGAAUUGCGAGGACACUGUUGAAGAAGCCGGGAAGUUAUUGGGCCAACCCUUGGAUUUGUUGUUCACUAUUCAUUCAGACAAAGAAGAUGGGACACCCUUAGGAGGUUCAUUGGCGCCUCCCUUCCCUGGUCCUUGCACUCUACGUUUGGCACUUUCACGCUAUGCUGACCUCUUGAGCUCUCCACGGAAGUCUGCUUUGGUUGCGUUGGCUGCUCAUGCAAGUGAACCAAGUGAGGCAGAGAGACUUCGAUUUUUAUCUUCAGCACAGGGGAAGGAUGAAUACUCACAAUGGAUUGUUGUUAGUCAAAGAAGUCUCCUUGAGGUAAUGGCCGAGUUCCCAUCUGCAAAACCUCCUCUUGGCGUAUUUUUUGCAGCAGUGGCUCCUCGACUGCAGCCUCGUUACUAUUCAAUCUCAUCUUCUCCUAGAUUUGCUCCAAAUAGAGUCCAUGUAACGUGUGCUUUAGUUCAUGAGCAGACACCAACUGGUAGAAUCCACAAGGGAGUGUGUUCAACCUGGAUGAAGCACACUAUUCCUCUUGAGAAAAGCCAAGAUUGUAGCUGGGCUCCUAUUUUUAUCAGGACCUCUAACUUCAAGUUACCAGCUGACCCUUCAACUCCGAUUAUCAUGGUGGGACCGGGUACUGGAUUGGCACCUUUCAGGGGGUUUCUACAGGAAAGAAUGCAUCUGAAAGAGGAGGGCCGUCAGCUUGGCACUGCUUUGCUGUUCUUUGGAUGCAGAAACCGACGGACUGAUUUUAUAUACGAGGAGGAGCUAAAUAAAUUCGUGGAACAAGGAGCGCUCUCUGAACUCAUUGUUGCCUUUUCAAGGGAGGGCCCACAGAAGGAGUAUGUUCAACAUAAGAUGGUGGAUAAAGCUGCAGAAAUAUGGAGCAUAAUUUCUCAAGGGGGAUACUUUUAUGUGUGUGGUGAUGCCAAGGGGAUGGCAAGAGAUGUUCAUCGCACUUUGCACAACAUUGUCCAGGAGCAGGGAGGGUUGGAUUCGUCGAAGACGGAAUCUAUGGUGAAGAAAUUGCAGAUGGAUGGGCGAUACCUUAGAGAUGUAUGGUGAUCGAAUGGUUUAUCCUUCGCCAGUGUUUGCGAUUAUUUGCUCAGCAGUUCGCCCGAAAAAGUAUAGCAUUGAUUUAUUCAUCUACUUGAGCAAAAGCCUCUUUGAUGUUCAAGCUGGUGGGGAAGAUUAAGAUAAAACAUUCCAUUAAGGAGCGUAAAUUGUAUUCUGUCUGUCUGUCUUAUCUGCCUUAGCUUGGCUACGGGUUUUCAGUGUAUCUUCCCUAUAGUUUGGAAUACAGGUUUCGUCAUUAUAAACUGCAGAACAAGGAUACGAGUGCAAAUGUAGCUAGUUUACAAGGAAAGCGGCAAGUUGAAAUGGACAAAGAUACAGAGGCUGUUUGUUAUCGUUCCUCUGUUUUCCUCCAUAGGAAUUUAUGUAUGAAAUCAUUGUAGUAAGGAAGAAUAAAACAUGAAGAAUUGGGUUCAUGUAAUAAGAAGGUACUUAUUAAAGUUGUGUUUGUCAUUUGUCUCUUUGAUGAUUGUCAUAGGCUUACAUGGAAGUGCUUAAGUUUCCUGUUAUGCUUCUUUGUGGAUACUUGAUUUAUGAAGUCUUCGGGUUAGGUUAUGAGAUUGUGGAUUAAUCGAAGAUUAGGAAUUUGGAGAUUGAUAUAGAGAAUUGGGGAUUGAGAACGAGAAUCGAGGAAGAACAAAAUUAGGGAUUUGUGAUUUGGAGAUUGAUAUGUAGAAUUGGGGAUUGAGAACGGAAAUUGGGGAAGAACAAAAUAAGGAUUUGCGAGAGUAGCUUAGAGGAGAAGAAAAAGAAGGGAAGAACUCGGCCUAGAUCGAUGACAAGAAAGAGAAGAGAGAUCAGGGUUGGAGGAUAAUUGGGUAAAUUGCAAAUUUGGUUACUAGAUUAAUUUAAUAUUAUAUGUUUGGUCUUUGUAUGUUACCUUCUAUCAUACCCCUUUAAUAGCGUUAGUGUUUUGAUGAAGUAACAAACAAAUUAGUAAUCCAGUGAACAAAUUUGCAAUUAAGUCGGGGUGUAUUAUCUUGGUAUUCUUUCUUAGCUGAGGUACCCUCCAGAUUUCUUCUAUUGGAUCGAAAUCCAAUACAAAGCAGUGAGUCGAUUCACUAUAGUGCAAUUGAAUCCCUACUAUCAAUUGAUGGUGCUUGACACGCUAAAACACAACACCAAACUGCGACCAAGUGUAAUCGCAAUCCGGAAAUGCAGUAAAGUGACAAGUUCUAUUUGUCAACCCGGGGUCUAGAUCUACUGCCUACUCCGUGAUUAUCUAUUAUCUAGCAAACUAAGUCGAGUGAUUGUGAUUUAAGUAAAAGCAAUAAGAAAGCAGAAAAUGGUUCAAAGUUCUUGAGCAAAGAAAGAGUCCCUUGGGAAUGAGUCCCCCUAGCUCCUUAGUUAGGUCAAGAUUGUAAUUACCCUGGGUUGAUUAACUGUUGAUUAAACUGCGGAAGAUCCGACAGUAGCUUGGAAUCUCUUAAGCUCACCAAACCCUCCCAGGCAGACUAACCGACAGGCGACUAGCCUUCACCGGGAUAGACUGCUGAGACAAUAAGUACAGAACUCCACUACUGGAAUUGGAUUCUAGUACAAAGCAGUAAAUCGAUUAACUCUCGUAUAACCAAUCUACCACUACCGAUUAAUGAAGCUCUAACAACCUAAUUAGAUUCUAUCUAUCUCAGGUUGCAGCAGAAAUCAAGAAAAGAUGAUCAGGCUUCAAUUGACUCAAUGAAUCAUGCAUCAAUCGAUUAAAAUCAAUCAGUAUAUCAAUCCAAAGUCAUUAUAAUCAAGAUUCCUAACACAUGGAACUAGGGUUCUUCAUACCCAAGUGAGAGGGGGUUCUACUCCAUAGAGAGAGAGAGAGGAAAACAGAAAUCAGAGCAGUCAUACUCAUAAAGAUGAGGAUAAUCUGCUCUGGGAUAUCGAUCUUCACUCCUGGGGAUGCAAUCUGGGCUUCAAUGGUGAGAAAUCCACUCCAAAUAGUUCCUAGAGUUUGUUCUUCGUACUUUCACUCUCUAAAGCUCAGUUUUUUGCUCAAAAACUCGACCCCCCUCCAAAAGACUCGAAAUUGGGUUAAAACCCAGAAUUUUCCGACUUAACGGCCAAGCCACACGGUCGUGUAGAAAUCCCAGCUGCCUGUGUAGAGGUGUAAACGCCGCGUUUCACUUAAGUGGUUCCAUGCACGUCACACGGUCAGAACUGCACGACUGUGUGAAAUCUCGGCCUGCCCGUGCAACACCUCUGUGAUUUCCACACGGCCUCAAGGGACCCGGUACACGGCCAGUGUGGUUUGCCCGCGCAAAGGAAUUCCACACGGCCACACGGCCGUGUGGCUGUUAGGUCUGGUCGUGUGGUUUCCUCAGCUUCUCGCCAAACGUCCAAUCUUCGUCUAAUCGAUCCCGAACUCGUUCCCAAACCUCCAUUCACGUACUAGGACCUGAAAUAUCACAAACAAGAACAACCUAGCGUGAAAUCGGCCUAAGAUACGAGAAAUGAAGCUCAAACGGUAUAAGAAUGGUAGACAAAAACAUGUGUAUAUAUCAAGUCAUCAAUGCUCUAAUAAACCUAUCUAGACUUUAUCCCUCCUAGGUUAAAACAGAAACCAUAAAUCCGAUCAAGAUUCAAACGAUUCACUGAAUAAUGCAUCAAUCAUAUAUAAACGAUGAGUCAAACUCACUAGAGUGUCAAAAUAAUCAUUAAUUCGAACAAACAAAGCUAUUAGAGUGUUCAUAUGGUUACCAUGGUAAUUACGAAAGCAAAUAAGUCUAAAUUUUGUCAACCGGGAAAUACAAUAUCAUAACCAAACCAACAAAACUAAUACUACCAAAUUAACCAAACUAAUAUUUAAUUGGUUAGAUUAAUUGCUUAACGAGGUUAACAAAGUAAUGACUUCAGGCAUGGCCAGCUCCUGAAAAAUAUUUCUCAUUUCUCUCUCAAAUAGAUUUCCCUUUUUGCUUUUCAAAGGAAUAGUCUCUCUGCCUUAUGUAAAGUUGUCAGAGUACGAUCAGUGGCGGACCUAGGAUUCUCGUACAGGUGUGUCGGUCAAUAAAAUUAAAUAAUAAAUAAAUUUUAAUUAUAUUUUCAUGUGAGACACAACGAGAAGUGGGAUCGAAAGAGGUAAAGGGAACACUAGGAUUUUUUAUAAGAUAGAAAAUAAUAAAGAGCGAUAGUCCAUAUGCAACCGGACUUCCAAUGAAAGAGUAUUUUUUGUCACUAGGUGGUCAACUACGUGAAAGCUACAAGGAUCAAGAAGAAACGAAACUUAUUCAGAUAGAGAGAAAAAAGGAGAAAACUUUCUUACGAUUACCCUUGCCUACCUAAGAGCAAUAAACCAUUGAGUCUAAAUGCUUAAGCAAUGGAAAGAACCCCAAAUUUGUCAUAAACUAACUAAAAUUUAAAAAUAAAUCAUAUAUAUUUGCGUAUUUUGGGAACUUUAUGACAACAAUUUCAUUGUAGUGUAUUGAAGGUGUGUUAAUUAUAAUUAUUAAAGAUGCGUCGGAAGUCCAAAAAUUCAAAAAAUAAUACCAACAAAACAUGGGUCUCUCACAAAAUAUUCGGGCGGAGGAGUGUCGCUUGACACACCUCCCCGACACAUGGGUCCUCCCCUGAGUACGAUUAACCUAUGAAUUUGAAAUCACUUCUUAGGUUCGUCCAUUGUAACUAUUCGGAAUCCACAAGAACUAAAUUGACUUUCUUCUCCGGGAACAGUUUCAUAAUAGCUAAAACUAUCAUUCGUAUACUAUUAUUUCAAUUUGUUGAAUGGUCCUAGGAUUUUAAAGAUUGAAAGAAAGAAAUGCGUAUUAAAUGCACUUAUAAGGGAGUUUCGUUAUCCGGAAUAAAAUUCCCAAAAAAUUGGCUAACAGAGGGAAUACAAGAGUUUUAUUGAAACACAAGGGUUACUUAAUUAUGUGAGAAAAAAAUCUUAUGUUAAUGCAUCAAUACUUAAUUUAUAUAAUGAAUAAAAUAUAAAAAACCAACACAUAGUUAACUUUUAAAACAAAUACAUGCAACUAACACAAUUAGCAUAUAGGCUUUAGAAGUAGCCACCAAACAAACAUAUAUGCCAAUGGUAUGAUAAUAUUGAAUUGUGUGUAUAUGCGUGAACUGUCUUAGUCUCUUAGCAAUUAUCGAGGCCGGAAAAUCCCUCCCCUUUCAGAUUUUUAUCCAACAUAAUGUAUAGUUUUACCUAAAUUAGGUGCUCAUAUGUUCUAGUCGACACCCGACAAAAAUAAAUGCAAUAUAGGAACAAUAAUAAACUUUAUUUUUAUGG